AUGGCCAAUUUUGGGAGACAUCCUUUGUUUCUUGAGCAUUAUCCAACAACAGGUGCGCAAUCUGGAACAUCAAUCACUCUCCACGUUCGACACGGAGAUAUUAGCGCUGAAAACCCUAUCGACUCACACGAUGAGUUGGUGCUAUUCUGUAGUGUUAUGCUUCUACACACCUCGAACACUUCUGCCCAGAUGCUUCAAACUGCCAGCUCGUGGCUGGUGAAGGCUAUCGCGAAUCGGGACCAAGGACCCCCUCGUCAAUACAUCACCUCCAAAUAUAUUUUCCCGCUUGGGCAUAAUCGACAAACCUGCAUCCUAGACGGCUUUGGGCAAUGA